GUUGGACUUCCUGCGACGGUUGUCACUAUUUGCCAGUCACCAGGAUCUCGGAUCUUGGACUGUCUUUAACGUGAAACAAUCAAGACUCCCAGAACAGGCGAAGGAUGACACGACUCUCCACUCCAACAGUGUUAUGAUUUGAAACGAAAAUCUUGGAGUAUUCCCCCAGCUUUGCUCGGCGCUGGUUACAUUGGAUUUUGGAUACUUGAAGUUUUGGUCCGCCUCUCCCAACUUCAGUCACCAGCAAACCGUACCAUGGAGACGGCCAAAAGCGCUCUCAAAUAUGCUGAGACCUUGCAGCUAUCGACAGAAGCCAAAGAGCAGGCACUGAAGGAAACGACAUGGGCUCAUGGCCUGAGAGGAGUUGCUGCAGUUUACGUCGUCUCUUCACAUCUUGUUCUAUGCUAUGCCAGAGGCCUGAUCCCACCGUGUUGCGCUCCUGGAAGCCCCUCUCCCUCACUCUUCCAACGGCCAAUUUUACGACUUGUUGCCAGUGGACAUUCUUGGGUGGCAAUCUUUUUUAUUCUGAUGGGCUUCGUGAAUGCAUUGGCACCUCUGCGCCUCGCUAGAUCCGGACAAGUCGACAAAGCACUGAACAAGUUGGCCUCGUCGUCAUUCAGUCGAAUCUUCCGCCUUGUACUUCCGGCUACCGCGGCUACCAUCAUCAGCUGGUUCAUUUGCAACAUCGGCCUCUACCGCACCGCUGGGCUGAGUGAUGCAUACUGGCUGAGCACCACUACUCCCAGACCGAGUAAAACGUGGCUGCAAGCGCUACAGGAUCUUCUGGCCGGUCUUUCGGCUACGUGGAGAUACGGACCUGAAAACCCUUACGACCAACCACAAUGGGCACUACUUUACCUGCUCCAAGGCAGUUUCAUGAUCAUCAGUGCAUUGUUCCUGACGGCUGCCAUGACACCAGCUUGGAGGACAGUGGCAAUGUCGGUGUUGGUGUGCUGGAGUUUGAACUGGAGUCGGUUGAUUGGCGAUCCAUGGACGGGUCUUUCUUGCUUCGCCGGUAUCAUACUCGCAGAAAUGAGUCUGUCGGGCGUUCCUGAAGCCCUGUCCGAUGUAUCGCACAUUCUUUCGCCUUCAACGAUUCUACUGGCUCUUCUCCUGAUGUCAUAUCCAAGCGGUUACCCCGAAGCAGCAGGCUGGUCAAAGUGGAUGUACGAGAUCGGAGCACGUUUUCUUCCCGCCGACAAUCUGGACCGGAUGUAUGGUUCCCUUGGAGGGAUACUGCUCGUCUUUGGAAUCCUGGUCUCUCCACACGCGCGUUGGGCUCUCAGCCAGAAACCGUUGGAGUGGUUAGGUCAGGUCAGCUUCGCCAUCUAUCUGCUUCACGGCAUGCUUUUGCGCACCGUUUUCGCUUGGGUCCUGCAUCUUGGUCAACCAUUGGCACCUUUUGGUCAGUAUGGCGAUGAUGGGCAGCAAUACCGGAUUGAACGCUAUCCCGUCCCAGGAUUUUUCCAAUGUGCUCUUGCGACCCUUGUCUUGGCGGCCGGCGUUGGCGGAGCAAGUCAAGUCUGGAAUAUGAAGUUGGAGCCGCUAUUUGCAAAGAUAACCACGAAACUCGAGGGGUUGGUGACAGGAAAGUAUUCGAUCGAGGUCAAAUCCACGGAGAGUCCAAUCCUUCCGAUACGAAAGGAUUGAAACUUGCGUCGCAACCUUGAAUGACAACAUUUUCAGUCGGGCUGAGCGCGGAAUCGGGCUUAUUGCCCUGAUCUGAGCUUUGCAAAUCUGAAUAUUCACAAAACGUAUCGAUACCGCGAAUGCCGAACGACCUGAUGAGACUCGACGUCAUAUCACGUCCAGCUCCGGCAAACCGAGGCGCCAACAUGGAUUACCCAACGCAGAGCUUGGACAUCGCUUACGACUUAGCCUUGACACAGGCUGUCGAGCAUUCUACCUUGGGUGGAUUUUGGUAUCUCUUGGAUGUCGUUCAAACAGGGCAUGGCUUAUCUCGAGGUCGGAUCGGGCCUCAGUCUAUGUCGACACGUUGGGUCCAUCGGCAUCUUAAUCCGAGUGCGACGUUGGAUCACAGCUACCGGAUAAGUUGCCAGCUGAGCUGCCGAGUGUGCUGAUAGGAGUCAGGCACUCGAGUUACUGGUAUCGUUGCGUUUGGGAUGGACAAUCAACAUUGGCUGUCGACGGUAUCGAAGAAUACUAGUAGUAGUACUGUUAGAUUAUCAGGAUAUUGUAUCAGAGAACAACUAUUGGAGGAAGGAGAGUAUACUCAGACUACUAGUAUACUACUAGUAGCGACGAUUGGUUUGAAAGGAGUACUAGUAGUAUCGUGAUGAGUGUAACAGGAACACCCAUCGGGUUCUUUUCUUU